UCUGAGAGCGUUUCAAAUCCCACGACACCUUCCGUCAAAGAAGUGAUUGAUUUCAUUGACUUUGUCAAUGCAUCUCCAUCGCCGUUUCAUGCCGUCGACGAAUCUAGAAAAAGGUUGACAGCUGCAGGAUUCAAAGAAUUAAAAGAGAGGGAUAACUGGUCUGGCCAAAUCGAAAGAAAUGGCAAGUACUUUUUUACUAGAAACACGAGUACGAUCGUUGCUUUUGCGAUUGGAGGUAAAUACGAACCAGGAAAUGGCGUAUCCAUUAUUGGCGCUCAUACGGAUUCUCCGUGUUUAAAGGUCAAACCAAUCUCUAAGAAAGGACGUGCUGGUUAUUUACAAGUUGGCGUAGAAACAUAUGGAGGUGGUCUAUGGCAUACAUGGUUCGAUCGCGACUUGAGUAUUGCUGGGAGAGUCAUGCUCGAUAUUGAUGGAACGUACCAGAAUAAACUCGUUAGAAUUUCAAGGCCGAUUCUAAGAGUCCCAACUCUUGCAAUUCAUCUUGAUCCUGAAGUAUCAAAUGGAUUCAGUUUUAACAAGGAAACACAUUUGACUCCAUUAAUUGCUACUGCCAAAAAGAGACUUGGCGGAGAAGAUACCGAUACUCAGUCAGGAAAGCAUCAUCCAGAAUUGCUUCAUACUAUUGCUCAAGAACUAAAUGUUGAUGCAUCCAAGAUUAUGGACUUUGAACUUUGUCUCUAUGAUACCCAACCGCCAACAAUUGGAGGUGUCAACAAUGAAUUUAUAUUCUCAGCCAGGUUGGACAAUCUUAUGAUGUCUUAUACUGCAUUGACAGCACUUAUAAAUACAACACAUUGUUCCCCCACUUCACUUGAAAAAGACCCAAAUAUCAGACUUGUUGUAUUAUUUGACAAUGAAGAAGUGGGAAGUGUUAGUGCACAUGGAGCUGCUUCCAGCCUAUUAGAGUAUACAAUCAGGAGACUGGUUCUCACCAACGUGGGCGGGCGAAAGGAUGUUUCCAAGACUGUAUUCGAGGAAACAAUUCACAAAAGCUUCCUGAUUAGUGCUGAUAUGUCUCACGCGGUUCAUCCCAACUACUCUGAGAAACACGAGGAAAACCAUAAACCGCAUAUGCAUGGAGGUGUUGUAGUCAAGAUUAAUGCUAAUCAGAGAUAUGCAACGACUGCAGCGACAAUAGUAAUUUUACGUCAAGCAGCCAAGAAAAGUAAUGUUCCUCUUCAGGAGUAUGUAGUCAGGGCUGAUGGUCGGUGUGGAUCAACUAUUGGCCCGGUACUCAGUUCAAACCUUGGUUUGCGUACUAUCGAUGUCGGGAAUCCGCAAUUGAGCAUGCACUCUAUUCGAGAGACAGCUGGCACUGAUGACGUUGCUCAUGCUAUUCGCUUGUUUGAGAGCUUUUUCGAACAUUAUCCCGAAAUCGAUGCCAAUACUAUAAUCGAUUAG